AUGAGAUACUUAGUUUUGUGCGCUCUGCUCGCAUUGGCCGCCGCGCAACCGGCCAAGAAUGAGAAUUGGAAGACCGCCAUGGAUGAGAUGGUCGAUCAAUCCAGGUCCGAGUGCUCGCAGAAAAACGAUGAGAUUGCUUGCAUGAAGUUCAAGGUGUUCAAUCUACUUGACCAAGUCUUCAGCAAAGAUAACUUCAAGGUGUCCGAGACGGUGGAAGUUACGCGCAACUCGCACCCCGCCAAGGAAGUGUCUGCUCGUGGUGAGAGUUCCUUCUUCGACAUCGUGCAAUCCUACUUGGCUUCUCACGACGUGACCUUCAAGCUACCACUGGACUCCACCGUGAAGGUAAGCUCACGCGGUAUCGAGGACGAUCAGCUCACCUUCGACGUCAAGUUCGGUGAGGGCCGCGCCGUCGAUGAGGCUCGCAGAUCCAAGCUGAAGAAGGUCAUCGUCCCUAUUCUCGUGUUCGUCCUCCUAAAGGCGAUAACUCUGAUCCCCCUGGCCAUCGGAGUGCUCGGCUUGAAAGCCUGGAACGCUCUACAGCUCUCGUUCUUCAGCUUCAUCGUAUCCGUUGGCAUGGCCAUCUUCCAGCUUUGCAAGAAAAUCGCCGCUGAUGGUCACGUUGCGCCCAUCGCUCACGGACCCUGGGAGUACCAGGCUCAGUACAGAUCUUUCCAGGAUCAGGAUCAAGCUUCGUCGUCACAAUUCGCGCAGAAUCUCGCAUACUCCGCUCAUGCACAAUCCUAAAAUCGCUAUCGCUUUAUCGGCGUUUUUGUAAGAUAUUUAGUUUCCUAUUUGUAUUGUAUAUUUAAUAAAUUAUAUUCUU